AUCACAUAUGAAGAAAAGCUAGCGUGCUAGCUAGCUUAGCUAAAGUGCUUCAGUGCGAUUUUUUUUUUCUCUUUUUGAGGCAUUCGUCGAGGCUACAGGAACAGCGACGCCUGAGCGGGGAGUCAACAAUGGGUCCGAGAAAGAGAGGAGCGACGAAAAGGAAAACUGAGGAGGCUUUGGAAGGAGAGAAGGAGGAAGAGGAGGCUGUGGAGAGAGCAGACAGGAGGAGGAAGCACCGUGGAAAUAAGAAAUACAUUGGAGCUCAUGUUGGCAUCCAAGGUGGGAUAUGGAAAGCCGUGGAGUCCUGCUCAGAGAUGGGUGGCAGCAGUUUCGCCCUGUUUCUGGGCUCCCAGCGGUCAUGGAAGAGGCCCGCACUGGACCCUACGGCUGCAGCCAAGUUUCGGGAGCAAUGUUCCUUACAGGAGUUUGACCCAGCUCACAUCCUGCCUCAUGGGUCCUACCUGAUGAACUGUGGAUCUCCUAAAGAGGAUGUGUUUGAGAAGAGCCAGGCCCUGCUGGUGGACGAGCUCAGCCGCUGCAGCGUCCUAGGCCUCAGCCUCUACAACUUCCACCCUGGCUCCUCCUUGGGCUCCAUCACCAAUGAGCAGUGUGUGGACAAGAUAGCAGGAUCCAUUAACCACGCUCACCAGCAAACACCUGCUGUGGUUACAGUGUUGGAGAACAUGAGCGGUCAGGGAAGUACGGUGGGCGGGAAGUUCUCUGAGCUGAAGAGCAUCGUAGACAAAGUCAGAGACCAGACCAGAGUGGGAGUGUGUCUGGACACCUGUCACGCCUUUGCAGCAGGAUAUGACCUGGCAGCAGAGGGAGGAGUGAAGGCCAUGCUUGAUGAGUUUGAUCAGGAAGUGGGGCUCCACUACCUUAGAGCCAUUCAUCUCAAUGACUCCAAAGGUAAACUCGGCUGCAACCUCGAUCGGCACGAAGAUAUCGGCAAAGGCCACAUCGGAAUCUCUGCUUUCCGGGACAUUGUCAAUGAGCCCAGACUGGACAACAUUCCUCUGAUACUGGAGACCCCUGGACGGCCGGGAUUUGAGUAUGCUGAGCAGAUUGAACUUCUGUAUUCCCUCUGUGAGAAACAAUAGAAUGCACCUUUACUGAUUUAUGAGCACUGUAAAACUGUUUUUUUGAGGACCAAAGUGGAUGGGUGGUGGAGCCUGAUCACCUUAAACAUUCAGAAUUUGUUCAUUAAUCGCCAUGUAAAAAGUUUUAGUGGGGUUUGUCUCUUAAUAAAUGUGUUUGUUGCAAGUUUUUA